AGGAUAACUAGCCAUAUUUCCAAUACAAAUAGAAUAUUUACACGUUGCAAUUGUAAUUGUGAUGACCAAUAUAAUUCAUGUGUGAAAUCAAGAUUCAAAGUGAUCAUUAAACCUUCAAUAAAUAGCCCAUAGAUUAUUUUGCUUAUUACAUAUAUUGCAUAUUAAUAACAUAGCAAAGGAAGAAAAAGAAGAAGAAAAAGCUAUAUAUGGAAGAUUUUAAGAAUCCAUCUGGCACUUCUCUUUUGGUACCAUCGGUUCAAGAGUUAGCUAAAGAGAAUAUUUCAGAAGUUCCACCAAGAUAUAUUCAAUCUCAACAUGAAGGCUUGGUACUCACUAAAAUUGAUAAUAUUCUUGAAAUUCCAAUUAUUGAUAUGCAUAGAUUGCUUUCACUUGAAUUUGGGAGUUCAGAAUUGACUAAGCUUCACCUUGCUUGCAAAGACUGGGGAUUCUUUCAGCUUGUAAACCAUGGAAUAAGUUCUUGUUUGGUGGAGAAAGUAAAAUUGGAGAUUCAAGAAUUCUUCAAGCUUCCAAUGUCAGAGAAGAAAAAGUUUUGGCAAAGUAGCGAACAUAUGGAGGGAUUUGGACAAGCAUUUGUUGUGAGUGAAGAACAAAAGCUUGAUUGGGCUGAUAUGUUUUAUAUGACAACCCUUCCUAAACACUCUAGAAUGCCCCACUUAUUUCCACAACUUCCUCUUCCUCUAAGAGAUACAUUAGAGUUAUACUCAGAAGAAAUAAAAAAUAUAGCGAUGGCUAUAGUUAGUAAUAUUGGAAAAGCAUUGAAGAUAGAAGAAAUAAGAGAAUUAUUUGAAGAAGGGAUACAAAUGAUGAGAAUGAACUAUUACCCUCCUUGUCCUCAACCAGAAAAGGUUAUUGGUUUAACAAAUCAUUCAGAUCCAGUAGGUGUUACUAUCCUCCUACAACUCAAUGAUGUAGAAGGGCUUCAAAUUAAAAAAGAUGGCAUGUGGGUUACAGUUAAUCCCUUGCCAAAUGCCUUCAUUGUCAACAUUGGGGACAUGCUAGAGAUUAUAACAAAUGGAAUAUAUCGAAGUAUUGAACAUCGAGCAAUAGUGAACAAUGAAAAGGAAAGGCUUUCAAUUGCUACGUUCUGUAGCCCAAAACAUGAUAGUAUUUUAGGCCCUAUGGAGAGUUUAAUUAGUAAACAAACACCAGCACUGUUCACAAAAAUUGGAGUCAAGGAGUACUUCACAAAUUUAUUUGCUCGUAAGCUUGAAGGAAAGUCUUACAUCGAUCUCAUGAGAAUAUAGAGCAUCUCAAUUGAAUUAUGGGGAAUAAAUUAAAGCAAAUGUGAAUCGAAUGAUUUGAUUGAAAUAAAUAUGGAUCUUGUUGUUUAGUAACAUACACAAUUGAAACAAUAGAAAUGUUUUAUAAAAAAAAAUUGUAAUCCCGAUGAAAGAAUGAAAAUAUUAUUAUAUUUAGGAAUUUAUUCAAUAAUUCUUGCA